UGCACCAGGAGUGAAGACAGUGUUGUCUUCUUAAGGACAGGGGGCAACUGCACCUGGAGGGCAACUUUAUCAGGAAAAGGGACAGUAAACUUCAGCCUGCUCCAGGAGGGCAACUUCUACCUGCACCCAGGGGACUUUCUGCCUGCCCUAGGUCAGCAUCCCUCCCUACCUCUGUGGGGUUGUUCUGCCUGGACCCUAUGGGUUAGCUGCCUGGGGUGGCUCUGCUGUUCUGACUCUUUUUAACCCUUGGGGUAUCCCCAACAAUGGAGGGCGAUGAGGAAUGGAAGAUCUCCGUGUGGCUCUGCCAGGAGGAGAAGCUGGUGUCUGGACUGACCAGGAGCACCACCUGUGCAGAGGUGGUCAGGGUCUUGCUGGAUGACCACAACCAAGGGCAGCACCCAGGGGGCUCCAUGCUGCUGGGACCCCCACACUCCUACUGCAUAGUUGAGAAAUGGAGGGGCUUUGAGAGAAUCCUGCCCAACAAAACCAAGAUCCUCAGGCUGUGGACAGCAUGGGGCGAGGAACAGGAUAAUGUGAGGUUUGUGCUGGUCAGGAAUGAGGCUUCCUUGCCCAACACUGGCCCCCGGAGCGCCGAGGCCAAGGUGGUCCUUAGCAAGGAGAGCCUACUGAGAGGGUCCACCAGGGCCACCACUGGACUGACCCAGGACAAGCAGCGCAGGGUGGUCCGGAAAGCCUUCCGCAAGCUGGCCAAGAUGAACAAGAAGAGACAUGAGACCCUGCCCUCAGACCCCAACUCUGGGCAGAAGAUGGAGACCUUGGUCCACCUGGUCCUGUCGCAGGACCACACCAUCCGGCAGCAGGUACAGAGGAUCCAGGACCUGGACAGAGACAUUGAGAGGUUUGAGGCCAAAAUGCACUUUGACAGGAUGAGGAGGCAUGGAGUGAACUAUGUCCAGGACACCUACCUGGUGGGGACAGUGUCUGACAUCCGACAGGGGUCCCAGGAGGACCUGCUUGUGGACUUUGAGGACUAUGCUCAGAAAUGCGAGCAGGUUCUGCUACUGCAGGAUCAGAUCACCCAGCAGGAGGCCAUGAUCGAGCAGAUCACAGCCCAGAUCCAGGAGGAACUCAACAAAAGGUGGAUGGACAGGAGGCAGGAGGAGAGCCUUCAUCCAGGGGACUCCAGUGGAGGCCAAGGGCAGAGUGACAGCGAAGUGCUUCUGGAACAGGAAAGGGUUAAAACAGAGCUGAGCGCCAGCCUCUACAUAGGGCUGAGGCUGAACACAGACUUGGAGACCACCAGGGCAGAUCUGGAAUAUGCCAGGCAAGUUUGCCAAGAUAAAGAGAAUGAGAUCGAGAGCCUUUUACAGAGCAUAGGGGCACUGGAGCUGUCCACUGGGGGCCACAUGCCUGAAGAGAAUGAGCAGGGGAGCCCUGGGGACGAUGCUGGGCUCUGGCUCGAGAAAGACACCCCGGGAUUUACUAACUGCGAGCCCAACGACGAGGACUCAGACACAGGACUGAGCUCCAUGCACAGCCAGGACUCAGACUCCACUCCGGUCUGCGAGUCCCUGGUAUAGAGGCAACCUCUGGGGCUAAUUGCUUUUAUUGCCCCUCGAAGGGUUAAACUCGAUUCCUGCAUUUCUCAGCUAUAAUGAGUGUUUCAGUUCCUGGCAUUUAAAUCCCCGGGAUCGCGGACAUUAUGCUGGAUUAUGCUGCGUAACCCUUUAAGUGACAGAGCAGGAAUAAAGCUCAGACUGGCACUGAAAAGGUUAAAGGCCACCCGAAAGUCUUCUCCUGAAAUAAGUUGGUAUUUGCUUGUAAAUUGUUAUUUUUUUUAAAUAAACUAUUAUUGCUAAA